AUCGCCAUACAUUCCAAUCUUUAUCGUCACAUACAUUAUCCCUUCAGUACCAAGCGGAACGCGCCAAGUAAUGGGUGGGAUUGCGAACUUUUCCUACCAGAUCCCUGCCUCUUUCUGACGAAACCACGUCCCCAUCUCCAUCCACACGCUGCACGCCUUCAAGGGUGUCCACUGGACAAGAGCUACAAGGAUCCUCGUGCUUGGGAAGGAAUGGGUUAUUGUGCUGACGCUGCCUGGCUUUAAGGUCGAAGCUGCUGGGGCUGCAGCAGUCCUCAACGGAUGAAGAUGGAGGAAAUCUUUCAUCUACCCAAUGGACAUCUGCUAAAUCUUCAACCUCGACCCCGCCACGGCAAGCGGACAAGAGUCAAUCACGAGGUACAGACGCCCACACAAGCUCAAGGAUCUGCAUCCAAACCCGACGAACGCCUAAGGUCCUCUACCAGCAAGGACACCACUCGCGCACCGCCUGACACUGCUCCACGAAAGGGGAAGCCUACCAAACUACCGCUUCCUAAGUCUUUUACCGACAAGGAAAAGGAGAAGAAGAAAGAGACCCCCGCCAGUUCCGAACACAAAGGACGCCGAGCCGAGAGGGCCCUCCAGCCAAGGAGGUCGUUCGGGACACCAGAGCGUACAUCACCCAGGACCUCGGACCACGAUCGCGACCAGUACUGGAGGAAGGUGAAGGAUAGGUGUGAAAGGGACAAUAGGGCGCCGCUCAGCAAAGAGAAACCCAAGGAAUACUAUCAGGAGGCCUACCGGAAAAUCGUUUCGCUGGCUAACUCGCCCCGACAAGAGAUCGCCCGCCAGAAGCUGAAGCAGCUGGCUGGAGGAACGCCUCGGGUCGAUCGGACCUUAAUGCAGAGUGCCAACCUACAAUCUAAGAUCCCGCAUUCAAACGAUAGCCGAGUCAGUCUUGGACGCAGCCCGAGGGGGGGAGGGAUAGGUCCCUCUACGGGUCAAAGGAAACGCCCGACCAACCGAGACCAACAAGGCCAUCUAAACUUCAGUAAAUCCACGCCGGCAAUAUUAUCUGAAAGAACCGACACUACCACAGACUCAUCCGAGCGCUCGCAUCCUUCAAUAUCGCCGGUUUCGGCGCCUGCUAGCUCGCUAACAGAGUGGGAGGAUAGGUUUGUGGUCAACAUGCCAUCGGCUCGUGAUCCAAAUCCGCCAAGCAUGAAUGCCCAGCAAAUCUCCAACUUUCAGCAAAGUAUUGAAAAGGUGCACAAAGAAGGCGGGACGAUGCUUGAUCCGGAGACUCUCCCAAGCCCACGUACCAGGACUCCCGAUGACAGCGCCAACAACCCUCCAGGACAAGAAAAGAAAGUGCCCGGUCUUGAUGGCCAAGAUUCAGGUCUUGAUCGUCCACCCGAGACUAGCGACCAUAGUACUUCAUCGGGACACCGACGGUAUUACAGUCCAGAAGAGGUCGGCAAGCAACGCUUUAGCACGAUAUGGGAAGAAUCCCCCGCAAAAUCUACCCAUGAUCUCCCCAUUGCGAACCCAGAUGGGUCUUUUUUAGGGUGCAAGGAAAUCAAUGGGCCUUACGACAAGAAUCCCGACGAGAUACUACUUUUCUCGACCACGGACGAGCGGCCCAAAAUGAUAGACAUCGCGUCUGGGCGACCCAAGGUACUGAGAGAAGCGAAGAAGACCACCACGAACCACCACCGGGCGGCACCAGUGUCUCCAGAGAAGGCUGCCGUUCAAGAAGAAUGGAAACCAAUUUCUCAGAAUUUGAAACAAGCCCAAUGCUCGAAGCCGUUGGCCAGGACAAUGUGUCAAGAGGCCAAGUGUCGGCAACCAGAAAGGCCGGAGGUCUCUGCCAAAGCGCCUUUGAAGGAGAAUCUCGACUCAUCAGGGAACCCAACCAAGCAUUACGAGAAGCAGCAAUUGGGUCUCAAGCCAGACGAUGUCUUCAUUAUCACACCCACUAUCACACGCACUAUGGUGACCAUGACAGACUUGAGAGACCACCCAAAGAAACAAGAUGCACAGGAGCCUGCCUCGCGGACCGCAGGCGAGAUAAUCACGGACUCCCGCGCAAAGCAACAGACAGGCAGUUCAGCAUCGGGCUUGCGACGAGCCACCCAAAAUUCAUGGGAAAAGUCAAAUGCACCCUGCGAAAUAUCAUCCUCGGAUGCUGCCCCUCCGACGAACCCACACCCUGCAGCUCAAGGCCGAACAGAAACAGGACGCACCUCCCCACAAAAGCCUCGCGCUAUUCGUGGAUUCAUCCGUACGCAAGGGCUGCCCAAGUCCGCAACAGGAACAUUCGGCGAUUCCGUCGGCAACAAUCAUCGAAAGCCCCUGAUUGCCAGCAUAUCACCCAAGAAAGACAGGAUAUACUCAUUGAAGAGCGCAUCAGAUUCGACCCUUGUUGAAAAGCCAGGCUCCCUGCAUGACAUCUCUCCUACGGCCUCAAUCAGCAAAGAUAUGCUGCAGGGCAGUAUGGAUAAGGAAAUCAAACCAUUUGAAGUGGCUGAAUUGGAUGGACAGCAAGUGACCGACAAAUCCAAAGAGGACCUUUUUCUUUCCAAGAUCACGAAUUUCAAUUCCGAGUUGCAUAAUAGCAACAUGCCUACCGACGAGAAGGAGACAGUGAAUCCGGACAUGUUGAGUCUCAUUAGGGAUGCCCUUAUAGAGCUAGCAGGACAGCUCCAGGAGCUCUAUGACCAGAUCAUGGCCAAUCGACAUUCCCGGGCCAUGCUGGUGAAAAUUGCCUUCAACAGUGUCCUGAAAAUGAUUGAGCACUGCUUGCAUGUUCUCAAGGAUCUCUUGGCAAUCCUAGCCCUCUACAAUACAACUGGAGCCUGGCCAAGUCCCAAUAGGAAGGAUUUUGCCCGGUCAUUGAUUGACCUUUGUGAGGCUAUGAUCUACCUGGUGACCUUGGGGUUCGUCAUGAUGAUAAUAGGCCGGGCGGCCGGAUACGUGGUCCUUGUUGGAAGCUGGAUAGUAUGGUUUGCAAAGCCUUUUGCUUGGUUGCUGGGAACAUUGGGGCGAGCCCUGUUAAUAUGAGUUGGCUCCUCGAUCAAUUGUCGACCAGAUGUCGGACUUUUGUCAAGGCAUUCUUGUUCUACAUCCUUUCAUCUUCGAGCGUCACGGCGAAGGACAGUAGACUCUUGCUCAGCCUUAUCGAUGUUUGUACCCUCUCUUUUUCGCCCUAAGUAUUUGUACGUAAUUCAGUAUUGAUUCCCCUGUCAUUUCCAUAGGCGUUUCAUGAUACUUUGUUGUAGCUAGCGUCCUGUCAAUUCUACUGGAAUGCAUUUUAUCAAAUCCUUGUACCCUACC